AUGGAAGAACAUUUGAGGAAGAACAUCUCCACAGUGACUACUUUUGUCUUCUUACAACUGCCUGUCAGAUUUGAAUUGCAAAUGUUGAUUUCCUGUGCCUUCCUUUUAAUUUAUAUAUUCACCCUAAUUGGAAAUUAUCUCAUCAUUGUUGUUACAGUGGCAAACCCAACUCUUCAUACCCCUAUGUAUUUCUUCCUUAGGAUCCUAUCAUUUCUGGAUAUCUGCUAUUCUUCAGUUACCAUCCCCAAGAUUUUACUGAACUUAUUGACAGAGGACAAGAGCAUUUCCUAUCUUGGCUGUGCUGCUCAGAUGUAUUUCUUGCUUUCUUUAGGGGCUGCUGAAUGUGUUCUCUUGGCAGUCAUGGCAUAUGAUCGCUAUAUGGCCAUAUGCCACCCUCUAGUUUACAUGGUCCACAUGAAUCCAAGAGUUUGCCUAUCGUUAUCUUUACUUUCAGUGCUAAGUGGAAGUCUUGUUUCUUCAGUGCAAACCAUCUGGGUGUUCACCUUGCCCUUUUGCAGUUCCAAUAUGAUUGAUUAUUUCUUUUGUGACAUCCCACCCCUGCUUAAGCUUUCAUGCAUUGAUACAUCCAUGUUUGAGAUUCAGUUGUUGACAGCCAGUGUUCUGGUUAUACUCACUCCAUUUAUCCUUAUCCUUGUCUCCUAUAGCUUAAUAAUCUGUUCUAUUUUAGCAGUGACUUCAGGUGAAGGGAAGUGGAAAACCUUCUCCACCUGCUCUUCACAUAUCAUGGUGGUGAUAUUGUAUUAUGGGAUCAGCACCUUGAUUUACAUAAAGCCCCAAUCCAUCUUCUCAAAGGAUUCGAGCAAAAUCCUUGCACUGAUAUAUACAACAAUCACACCCAUGUUGAACCCCGCAAUCUAUAGUAUAAGAAACAAAGAAAUACAGAGAGCCUUGAAGAAACAGAUAGGUGAAUGA